CGCCAAUGCGCCGCGUCUGCUUCACCUGUAUUUCAAGACGCGUCGUACUGUAACGUGUGAGUACUCCUUCUUGCUAUCGGAAUUGUCGCUGGCGAAGAUUGUAAAGGAUGCGUUUCUCUGGACACAUAUUCCUUUGACAAGGUAAUACCGAAAUUUAAAGCUGCGGUCGUUAAAUUUGAUAUGCCAUUUCCAUACGGAGAGAAGCAUGAACAGUACGCGCAAAUAGCCGCAGCCACGAAGGAUUCUCACGAUCUGUUAGUAGGCGAAGUGAGAGUGAAGGAUUAUGGCAAUAAAGAUAAUUCCGAUCUCGCUGCUCGGUAUGGAAUAAAGUCCGAAUCUUUUCCCGCUGUUCUUCUGUUUUUACAAGGAAAAACGGAACCUAUUCCGUUCGUUCCAGAGAAAGAAAAUGAUUUCACCGCGGACAGUAUCAAACGAUUUAUUAAAAUAAAGUCUGGCGUAUAUCUUGGUCUACCGGGCUGUGUAGAACAGUUGGACAGACUUGCCGAGGAGUUUAGGACCAGCGGAGAAAAGGAUAGAAUGGAAAUAUUGAACAAAGCUAAAGUUUUCGAGGAAACAUUACCAGAGACACAACGCGCGGCCGCAAAAGUUUAUGUUAAAACUAUGGAAAGAAUAUUAGAAAGGGGAGAUGUCUUUGUUCAAACAGAACAAACGAGAAUAGAGGGUAUAUUGAAAGGAAAACUAUCAAAUGAAAAGAAACGCACAAUGGAAGAGAAACGCAAUAUCCUCCAUUCUUUCUUAUACAGAGACGAAUUAUGAAGAAAUUAUUACA